CAGAGGACGGAGCCAGGGCUGCCUCAGCGAAACAGUGUGGGCUUCAUGGAUGAGGAAGUUCAUGUUUGGAGAAGAAGAAAAUCCAACGUCAGCAUCUUAUGGGAUAAGGAUCGAGAAACCGAGUCAGAUCUGCACUUUAUUGCAGCGGGCCUGGGAAGAUGUGCUGCGGGGCUGUUUUAACCAAGCCACCAUGGACAGCUGCUGCGUAAUUUCGGCACAGUUUGUGUUUGGAGGAAUCCUGCUGUCGCUUCUUCUCAACACUCUUCUCUGUUUACGGCGCAGGGAUGGUUGGAGGAAGAGUUGACGCUAAACUGAUGUGCAACGCUCCACCGCCGCUUGGAAAAAACGAAAACGAUUUAAACAAACAAACAAAACAAAAAACAACAACAACAACAACAAAAAACUUUACGAUCGGGAGCUGCUUCAGGAGGACCAGGUGUGGAAAAAAUCCCGCAGGGACAGCAGGGAAGUUAUGGAUGCCACCACGCAGAAACAAAGGACGCCCACACGCUGCCCACCUCUGUUGUGUAAUGAAAAACUAACAUAAAUGGCUUCAAUCAGUGGGAUUUCAUAAGCGAUCAACCUCCCUUUGAGACACGAAUUGAAUUUCUUAUUCAGACGGAGCCUAUUUUGAUGAUUACAUCUUGGACAGCUCUUGAUUUUCACUAUCAUUUAAAACAUCUAUUGAGCCGCAGCUGGACCUUUCUAUUUUGACUUUAAGUGGCUCAGGGCUCCUGGAUUUGAGCUCUGUAAUUGAAUCCCAAUAGAAAACGCUUCUGUCCAUAAAGAAAAACAGUAAACCCUCCUCAUUGGUCGGAUUGCAGUCCACAUGCUAUAACAACAGGAUAUGAAAAGAGCCAUGGGCUGAUCUAACAGCCAAUCAUGUGGCGAGCAUGCUUUUUCAAUCUGGAUUUGUAGGUUUUUAAAUAUAGCGAGAUUGAGAUUAAUUCCAUAGUAGUAGUAGUAGUAGUAAUAACAAUACUAAUAAAAACAAUAAUAAUAAUUAUAAUAUUUAAUAAAAAUAAUAAUGCUUUGAAGAACCAAAAAAAGGCUGUGCCUGUGCUGUAAAGCUGCUGAGAGAUGUUCAAGUAUCGUCUUCGAAUGGUUUUCAAUGAACCCAAAGUGUUGCUGCUAAUGCACUCAGAAUCAAGCAGGAGGACUGACCCAGGCACAGACCCACAGCAGAUCAGGAUGAGAGGGUUUACCUUCAGAGGCUGUGGCUGGCCACAGAUAAGCUGCUCCCACCAGGAUGACGAGGAGGAAUACUAUGGGUCAACGCCCCGGCCACGCAGCCUGACCUUUGAGGAUAAAGGAGGAGCCAAAUCCCAGGGAGGAGGAGGUCUGGAUGCGUCCUCCCUACCAAGUCUCUCUGAGAGCGGGGUGCAAGCACAGCAAUGCCGGAUCUGCUUCCAGGGUCCAGAAAAGGGGGAGCUGUUGAGCCCAUGUCGCUGUGAUGGUUCCGUGCGCUGCACUCACCAGUCCUGCCUCAUCCGCUGGAUCAGUGAGAGGGGAUCCUGGAGCUGUGAGCUCUGCUACUUCAAGUACCAGGUCUUGGCCAUUAGCACCAAAAACCCACUGCAGUGGCAGGCCAUCUCUCUGACUGUUAUUGAGAAGGUGCAGAUUGCUGCCAUUGUCCUGGGUUCUCUGUUCCUUUUCGCCAGCAUAUUCUGGUUGGUGUGGUCGUCACUCAGCCCCUCGGCCAAAUGGCAGCGGCAGGACCUUCUGUUUCAGAUAUGCUACAGCAUGUACGGUUUCAUGGACAUAGUAUGUGUAGGCCUUAUAAUCCACGAAGGAUCAUCUGUUUACCGGAUCUUUAAGCGCUGGCGGGCAGUGAACCAGCAGUGGAAAGUGCUGAAUUAUGAGAAGGUCAAGGAUUUGGCUGAAUCCAUCAGUUCCAGCAGCAAAUCCGUCGAUCAAGUCGAAAGGAACUUUUCAAACAGCGUCGCAGCUGACGGGAGGAGAGCGAGUCGGCACGUCAGGGCUAUCCUCACCCACCACUGUGGCUACACCUUACUCCACAUCCUCAGCCAGCUGAGGGCCUCAAACCUGCAAGGUGCCAACCAAGAGGUGGUCAUGAGAGUGACCACGGUGUGAAGCCAAAUCAUACAAAGAAGAGUGCAAAGGUCCUUUAAGAGGAAAUAAAAGUGCUGAUAAAAAGGAAUCUUAAUGUGCCAUAAAAACUACCUGAGACUGAAGUGACAAAAUAUGUUCUCAGGUUCUUCCUGAGCCAUGAGGAAUCUUUUUUUGAACUGUGUGGACGGCAGACCAUUACAGCGGUAUCUAGAACUUCAAAGACAAAGACUGCUGAGUAAAAAGACAUUUAUCCACUUCCUUCCUUGUGUACUUACUUUUUUUCCUUUCUGAAUUUUUUUUCAUCUGUCCUUCCUUCCUUUGAUGUGUCCUUCAUUUCUCUUCUUUCCUCUUGUCCUCCUGUUCGUUCUUCCUUCCUUCCAGUUUAAUUUGUUCCAGGUGUCAUAUUGUAAGCCUGCCCACUGCUGAAGUAUCUGCCAGAAACCUAUAGUGAACUUAAUUUUAAAUCAAAUUUUACAAUAAAGGUAAAGGAUAGACAACUUUAGAAAAUUGAGUCUAGAAAAGUCUGGAAUUCUUCCCAAAAAAUGUGCAGCAACCUUUUAUUUAUAACCCUUGCUACAGUUUUUUGCCGUGAUAAAUGUUUCAGAAUGUAGCUGAGCAUUUUCCACGGUAUUUUAUAAAAAAAAAACAUGUUACGGAUAAUAAUGUUCCCAACCCCGCCCUCGUGUACCAUAACGAAGACAGAAACACAAACCCGCAAAUGCAAGCACUCACAAAAGUUGUGAUGGAUAAGGUUUACGCUCGCCUCCAGAAAAAGAUUUACGUGGCACAUUUGUUAAAACUGUUUUAAAUGAUGUCUGCAUUAAAGUGUGUGUUUAUUGAAGGACAAAUAUUUCUGUUGGUGUUCUGGGGAUUGAAAUUAGCAUUUAGAUGCAGACAACUUUGUCUUUACCCCUGGUAAAGAAGUGUAAAUGGUCAUAAAAUAAAUCAAUUUUUUCAAUCAG